GCGUGGCUAGUGUCCGGAGGCACCGAGGAGGCGCGGAAGCAUGGCGGCGCCCGAGGAGCGGAGGUCGGAGGACUGCGACGAGGAGGAAGAGGAGGCAGAGCAGCUGGUUCUGGUGGAAUUGUCAGGAAUUAUUGAUUCAGACUUUCUCUCAAAAUGUGAAAAUAAAUGCAAGAUUUUGGGAAUUGACACUGAGAGGCCCAUUCUGCAAGUGGACAGUUAUGUCUUUGCUGGGGAAUAUGAAGAUACUCUUGGUACCUGUGUUAUAUUUGAAGAAAAUGUUGAACAUGUGGACACAGAAGGCAAUAAUAAAACAGUGCUAAAAUAUAAAUGCCAUACAAUGAAGAAGCUCAGCAUGACAAGAACUCUUCUGACAGAAAAGAAGGAAGGAGAAGAAAACAUAGGUGGGGUGGAAUGGCUGCAAAUCAAGGAUAAUAAUUUCUCCUAUAGACCCAACAUGAUUUGUAGCUUUCUGCAUGAAAAUGAAGAUGAAGAAGUUGUAUCUCCAGCCCCAGAUAAACCCUUGGAGUUGGAAGAGCAAGAGAUUCAAAUGAAAGACAGCUCAAACCUGAGUUAUGAACAGGAGAAACCACGGCACUUGGAAAUAGAGGAUUCUGGUCCUCUUAAUGAUAUCCCUUUUUCUGAGACAGAAGGUUCUAUUUUUGUGGAAACUCAAGAUGCUGCCUUAGAAAUGACUCCUAGAUGAUAUGUUUCUCAUAAUAAUUAGUUUUGAACUUUAAUUAGAGUUUUUAUGUAAAAUGA